UGCUCGGGGGUCUCGGGCCUAAGGGGACGGCGAUGGGCGAUGGGACUCGGCCUGGCGGGCGCCGGCGGAACCGCCGCAGCCAGGUGCUGCCCCGUGGGAAGAUCACCUCGCAGGCCUCCCUUGCCCCAAGUGGUGAGCAGAUUGGGAUGGUACCCCGGGAAGCCUGUGAGCCUGCCCAGUGCCUGUGCCCUUUGCUGGCCAGCCCCCAUGCCAAGGAUGUGCUUCGGAGAAAGCACAAGAGGAAAAGCCGACAGCACCAGCGGUUCAUGGCCCGGAAGGCCUUGCUGCAGGAGCUGGGGCUGCUGAGCGCGCCCCCCGAGCCAGGAGCCUCCCCACAGCCCACGCCGUUGCAGGCACCGCCAGGCACUGAGGCUGCCAGCAGCGGGAGGCAGCGUCCAAGGGCUGACUCGGGAGGUGCCCCGUGCAGCAGAAAGCCCACCCCCCGGGAAUCCACUGGGCCCCUGCCCAGCAAGUGCGUGGCUAUCGACUGCGAGAUGGUGGGCACGGGACCGCGAGGGCGGGUGAGUGAGCUGGCCCGCUGCUCGGUGGUGAGUUACCACGGCGACGUCCUGUACGACAAGUACGUCCGACCUGAGAUGCCCAUCGAGGACUACCGCACUCGCUGGAGCGGCAUCACUCGGCAGCACAUGCGCAAAGCCAUCCCCUUCCAGGUGGCCCAGAAAGAGAUCCUCAAGCUACUGAAGGGCAAGGUGGUGGUGGGGCAUGCCCUGCACAACGACUUCCGGGCCCUCAAGUACGUCCACCCUCGGAGCCAGACCCGGGACACCACUUCCGUCCCCAACCUCCUCAGCCAGCCCGGCCUCCACACCCGGGCGCGUGUCUCUCUUAAGGAGCUGGCCCUACAGCUGCUGCACAAGAGGAUCCAGGUGGGCCGGCAUGGGCACUCGUCCGUGGAGGACGCCAUGACGGCCAUGGAGCUCUACCGGCUGGUGGAGAGGCAGUGGGAGCAGCAGGCCCGUAGCCUCCGGACCCACCCCGAGGACAGAGAGCCUGACAGCAGCACAGACAUGGAGCAGUACAUGGAGGACCAGUACUGGCCUGAGGACCUGGCCCAGGGCACCAGCGGAGAGACAGGGCAGACACAGAACAGGAGGGUGUGAGGGAGGAGAGGUUUGGGGGGGGCCUUCCAGUGUGGCAAGUCUGGAAGGAGAGCUCCGGGCGCUUCCGCUGGGCAGGGCAGGCUGCAGCUAGCCUUCCCCGGGUCCGAGAAGCCGGGGUCAUCUGUCCUCUUGACUCCCUGUGCCCAUGGCACAGCCCUCUCUCCCGGACUGCUGUGGGCCCCCCACCCCACCGGUUUUGCUAAUCGCACUUUACAGGUACCAUAAAAAUGUCCGGUGGACUAGCUACUAGGGCCUCCACGGGAGCAGGGUGUGCCAGCCAACAGGCUGUCACUUCCCCGCCCCCAUGCAGCGUUAUCUAAACGAGAAUAUCUCCCUGGGAAGGGUGGGGUGGGGCUCUCAAUCCAGGUGUUCCCUCAUCUCAGCUCCUGUUUUCUCUGCCACCUACCUCUCCUCAUUGUCACUUUCAGAACAAACAUCUUCCCUUCUCUCCGAAUGGAACUGGCUGGCUCCUGGAGGCACUGGGCUGGGGUUCAAUGGAGUAGCAGAGCCCACAGGCGCCUGGGGAACUGACCCUCGCAUGCUUGGCACCAGGAGCACCAGCCACUAUUCCAGGAGGAGGGAAUGUGUAUAAGAUUUGGGUGGAGACUGGCAUGUUUAUUUUGACCCAAACAGGUAUUUCUAGGGCCUCCUAAGCAAAAGCCUGAGAAACAAGACAGCAGUUUGAAUUCUGGGACCUUGUGAAGAGCAACCAGUCUGCACCUCUGGUGCGGCUGAGACGCGGGCAGCUGUGCCGUGUGCUGGCCGUCAGGCUGGCGCCCCGUCGGGCACUUUGAUAAUCACUGUGGUGGUUGGGCUUUCUCCAAACUUCUAAAAGUAUUCUCUGUGGUUAUUUCACCCCCACCCGUCUUUUGUUGUUUUCUAAGGAGGCAAUUUUGGGGUACUGGGGUAACCAAGAGCUCAGGCCAUGAAGACAUUUGAGCCCCAUCAUUGCUUAUCACUUCCUAGCUUUGAGACCUGAGGCAAGUAUGUGACUUCGCUCUUGAGCCUGUUCCCUCAUCUGUUAAAUGGGGACAAUGAUAUGACCUACCUCACGGGGUUGUCAAGAGGAUGACACGCGAGCUCCCGGCACAGUGCCUGGCACACAGUGAUCCUGGGUCCACAGGAGCUGCUGUUUUUCUUGAAGGAUUAGUUUCAGCCUCUUGGGGGUAACCCCCGAACACGCCCCUCUGUCCUUGCUUGCCUCUUCCAGCAGGUAGGGCACUGGGCCGGGGCGAAGACAAGGCGUGGAGGCUGAGGGUUCUCACCAUUCUCGUGUACUCUGUGUGCCUCUCCUGUGUGCAGGAGGUGACAGUGGUUUUUCAUGUCCCUCAGAAAAACAGCAGGGCCAGGAAGGGAGAGACACCACUGAAACCACACUACUUCCAGCUCGGGGCCAUAGGUUGUUGUGUCACCAGCUCUGUCCCCUUGUGCAGAGUUGGGAACUGGCUGAGUCACUGACCACUGCUGGCCCGGGCCCAGGACUCUGUUCUGGAUUCCUUAGAAAUGUGCAGCUGACGCCAAAGUCAGCUGAGUAGUAGCUUCAGUUCCUUUGCCUGUGGGUUGAAGGAAGAUGGAGUUGUUACUCGUGUUCCAGAAAUGUACUGGGUUUUAAAUCAGCGUUUUAAAACUGUUCUGGAAUAAAACUCAAUUGCGAA